AUGUAUAAAAUUAUAAAAGAUACUGAAAUAGUUUCUUCAAUUCUUCCACAGAUUUCUCCAAAUGCAUCAAUUAGCAUUCAGUUCAAAAAGCCAAAGAAAAUGAAAAAAGAUAGAAUCAAUAUUCAACAGAUUUCUGUAAUUAAAGCUUCCCUUGGAGAGAAAGAAACGAACAAAGCAGCAAGGAUCUUACCCAUUUAUGCCAUGAAUUCUUGUUCUAUAUCAUUGGCAUCAGCUGCACAAUAA